AUGUUGAACAAGCGCAAGACUUAUAGAUCUAGACUACACAUGCAUCACUACCGCAAUGUGAACAGUGAGAGACAGCACGACAAGAGUUCGGCGUGGGAGAAAGUUGAGGGCGUCAGCGGCAGCAGCAGCAACAACAUGGCGGAUGCCACAGGCAGACCGAGCAACCACACGGCGAGCCAGCUGAGUAACGAUAGCUCGAGCAUGGAAGACCACGCGCUGAUGUUCUCCAACAUCCGCGAUGAGCCGACGCCCGCCGACACGCUCUCGGAGAAGCAGAACGGCGAGACGACGCCGGCGUGGAUUCGCAGCGCCCCCUUCCGGAAGGUGCGGCACCCGUCGGACACGAGCUUGUUGACGACGAUCGUUGUCAACUUUCUCUACCUGAUCGCUGCCGUCGCCGUCUGCUGUCCCGUCGCCGUCUGCAUCGCCGUCGCCGUGCCGAUCGGCCUGCUCGCGCGCCACCUGGUGGCGAGUUUCUGCUGCUGGUCGCCGACGCGCGCGUGCGCGUGCCACUGCGGGUCGCUGCUGUCGCCGGCCGACGCCUUCUGGCUGCACGACUCGAACGUGAAUCGGUCGGUAAUGCAGACACUGUUGGUUCUCGAGAAGGGACUCGACUUGGCGCGCGUGCGGGAGCUGCUGCUCUCGCGGCUCGUGAUGGCAGAGGGCGCCAACGGACGGCGACUCUACCCGCGUUUCACUCGCACGGUGCGCGCGCUGCGCUGCGGCUACGCAUGGGUCGACGACGAUGCGUUCAGCAUCGACAACCACGUGUUCGCGAUGCCGUCUUCCGUGCGCACGCGCGACGACCUCGAGAGGUACCUCGGGGAGCUCGCUGGUAGGGCGAUGUCACCGCAGCAGCCGCUCUGGGAGGUGCACGUCGCCUUCGAUUGUGGCGAGUGUCGCGACACGGCCAUCGUGCUGCGCGUGCAUCAGACGCUCUCGGACGGCGCCGCGCUCUGCCGCAGCCUCUGCCGCUCCGUGAUGGACCAACGCGGUCCGGAGGUAGUGCGCAUGCGCGCCGGCGGCGGCGCCGCGCUUUUCAACGCAAUCCGCGCGCUGCUCGUCGGUCCUCUGUACGUCGUCACGCAGCUGGUGCUCGUCGCAGCCGACUGCAACUACUUUACGCGUCGGCCGCCGUCGGGACGCAAGCGCGUCGUCUGGUCCGAUCCGAUUCACAUGGCGCAGCUGGAGCGCAUCAAGAGCGUCUCUCGCUCGUCGAUGCACGACAUCUUGCUGUCGAUUGUCAGCGGGUGUCUGCGCACGUACCAGCAGACGAAGGGCGUGCGACACCCGCGCAACGUGCGCGCGCUCGUCCCGUUCGACUUUCGCGCCGACGACGGCCCGACGCCGCUCUGCACCGAGUUCGCGCUCGUGCCGACGGUGCUGCCCUCCAACGUCGAGGGUCUCAUACCGCGCCUGUGGAAGAUCAAGCGCACGAUGGACGAGCUGAAGAAUGGCGCCGACAGUGCCGCCAUCUAUGGGCUCGUGCACGUGUUAACUUACGUGUUCCCCGCCGCGCUCGUGCAUUGCGUCAUGUCGCACCUCGUAUGCAAGUCUUCCGUGAUCGUGUCCAGCAUGAGCGGACCGACGAACAACAUGUCUAUAGCGUCGAGAGAGGUGAAGGCGAUCGUCUCGUGGUUUCCGACGAGGGACGAGCUUUCCAUAUCCAUCUCGCUGCUUUCCUACGACGACCAACUGCGCAUCGCCAUCCUAACUGACGAGGCCAUCAUCAAAGACCCUGAAGUGAUACUCAAGGAAUUCCAGAUAUCGGUGAAUCAUCUGUCAGAACUAUUGGCGAACAGGAGGAUACCGGGCGAGGCGCGGCAUCGUGAUUAUGACUUUGAUGAAGCAGACGAGGGACCGGAGCCGUCGGUUGAAGAGCUUCAGCAGCAGCUGCACCACAUCCAGGACGAGCUGAUGGAGCUGAAGCAGCGCAUAGAAGCGAGAGACGCUGAGGAGCACCUUGCUGCCGUACAGUACGACCUGAGCACGCACGUCGAGGAGCUGAAGGAGGAGUUUGCAGAGCUGCUCGCCGAGCUGAGACGGAGGAAGAACUCCGAUGUUCGCAUGGAGGACGAUGACGUCGACUUCGAGUUGCUGCGGCGCUACCAUCGCAAGCGCUCCCUAUCGGCCUCUUCCCGCAAGUCGUCCGUGUCGACGGCCCGCCCGCUGACGGCGCCGGAUUCUAGCCGACGUAGCUCUGUGUUUGCGACAAAGUCGAGCUUUGAUUCAUCCGGGUCGUCGCCUCCGUCGAUUCUCAAGCGGGAUGCGAGCAUGCCGGAGGGAGUAAAGGCGAGAGAUGCCCAGAGGCACGGAUCGACCGGAAGUUCGUCCUGCCACCUGGAGCAGGAGUAUGACGUCACGCAUCAUUCGUACCGCACGCGCGUUCGCACCAACUCGUCGAUUCGCACCGUCGAUGGGGAACCCGCCAGCGUGCCAGAGGAACCUGAGGAUGAGUCUGAGGAUUCCCAGCAGGGGGAGCACCACCAAAACGUGUGA